AGAAUAUGCAGACUCUCUGAUUUAAGAGGGGGAGGUUUGCAGCUGCCCGGGACUCUCUCGUUGAGGAAUAGUACUUAUUUCCCAGGAAUGGUCAAAAGUAUUUUACCGAGAAUCAUUUCGCUGCCACUUUUCCUUGUGAACAGCGGCACACAGAGCGGUUUUUCUCCUGUUUUCCCCCGAGUUGGAGAACUUUAGGACGCAGUUUCUUCAAAGUGAGGAGCGUAGAUUUCAUCGCGUGCGAGACGUGUUGGGAUAAAAGGACUACAAAAAACAAAAACAAAAACUGCACUCAUUAGUUUCUUCUGUGCUGAUCAUCUUAGGUGAGAUAUAUAAGGUGUUCGGAGCGGGAUAAAAACCAAACUUUAAAUACCGACAUUUCACUAACGUUUUUUUUUUCCUCCCUGAAUCUGGAGGAGGAGGAGGGGGGCACAUUCUUUUCGUCCAUCGAUGAAGUUUGGUUUAGAAAUGCGCAAACUAGUUAGCUAGAAGUCGAUAUCUCGACGCAACAGAGCCUCGAUAACGGACCACACUUUAAAAGGCUGGAUUCACCAUUUUUCUUUUUUUUCUGGAGUUUUCCUUGCAUCUAAUCUCAGCUGAGGACUCUUCCUUAUUCCUCUGACCAACUCUGCCCGCCAUCAAGUGCGCUGUGAAUGACGUGCAGCUGAUGUCCCAGGCAUCUGAAUGGAGUUCCAGUCGUGUACCAGGCAUCAGUUGUAGCUCCUUCAGCAGGAUGCUGAUGAGGACAAGUGGACUGCUGUUUCUGACUUUCUUCACCCAGGUUCUGAGGAGCCACUGCCGCCCCGCUCACCCAGAUGAAGUCUCUGUGGAAGCGGAGCUGUUCACCCUAUAUCCCGGGAAGCGCUUGGAUCUGAGCUGCGUUUCCAAAGACUUGGGCCACACCGUUAACUGGACCAAAAACCACGUUGCCAUCGUGGACGGAGAGCACACACGCAUUCGCAAAGGCCAGCUGGAGAUCGAGGCGGUGGAGCCGCCUGACUCCGGCCUGUACGCGUGCACCACCUUCGGCAACUACAGCGUCUACUUCAACGUCACAGUUGAUGCCCAGGCCUCAUCCGAAGAUGACGAUGAUGAAGAAGAAUCUUCAUCGGAGGAAAAUAAACUGUCGACCACCGAGAAGCUGAUGCCAAUGGCCCCACAGUGGGCUCACCCAGAGAAAAUGGAGAAAAAGCUUCACGCUGUUCCGGCCAGUAAGACCGUGAAGUUUCGAUGCCAGGCCAGCGGCAACCCAACUCCCACCCUGAAAUGGUACAAGAACGGGAAGGAGUUCAAAAGAGACCAUCGCAUCGGAGGCUUCAAGCUGAGGGACCAAGUGUGGACCAUCAUCAUGGAGUCUGUAGUUCCCUCCGAUAAGGGAAACUACACCUGCGUGGUGGAAAACCAGUACGGCAGCAUCAAUCACACCUAUCAGCUGGAUGUAGUCGAGCGCUCCCCACACAGGCCGAUCCUGCAGGCUGGUCUGCCGGCCAAUCGUACCGUAGUGGUGGGCAGCGACGUGGAGUUUGAAUGCAAAGUGUUCAGCGACCCACAGCCUCACAUUCAGUGGCUGAAACACAUUAUGAUCAAUGGAAGCCGCAUCGGACCCGAUGGUGUUCCCUAUGUCCGCAUCCUGAAGCAUUCGGGGGUCAAUAGCUCGGACGCUCAGGUGCUCACCCUCUACAAUGUGACUGAGGAGGAGAGCGGAGAGUAUAUAUGUAAAGUGUCCAAUUAUAUAGGAGAGGCCAAUCAGUCGGCCUGGCUGACUGUCAUCAAAUAUGACCCUGCAGCUAUCACCCCGUACCCCCCAGCCAGCAGCACCUACCUGGAGGUGGUCAUCUACUGCGUUGGCUUCUUUCUGAUCGCCUUCAUGAUCACCAUCGUAAUAAUCCUCAAAAUCCGAGUCACCUCAAAGAAGAGCGACUUCAACGGCCAGCUGGCUGUCCACAAGCUGGCCAAAAGCAUCCCGCUGCGCAGACAGGUAACAGUUUCUGUGGAUUCAAGCUCCUCCAACCACUCUGGAGUGAUGCUGGUUCGUCCUUCCCGCCUCUCCUCUAGUGGCACUCCGAUGCUGUCGGGAGUAUCUGAGUGUGAACUCCCACAGGAUCCCCGCUGGGAGAUCUUCAGAGACAAACUUGUUCUCGGUAAGCCGCUGGGCGAAGGCUGCUUCGGUCAAGUGAUGAUGGGGGAGGUUCUGGGUCUGGACAAAGAGAAACCGAAUCGAGUGACCAAGGUCGCGGUGAAAAUGUUGAAACCUGACGCUACAGAGAAAGACCUGUCAGACCUGAUCUCAGAGAUGGAGAUGAUGAAGAUCAUUGGGAAGCACAAGAACAUUAUUAAUCUGCUGGGAGCCUGCACACAGGAUGGUCCACUGUACGUCAUCGUCGAAUAUGCAUCCAAGGGGAACCUUAGGGAGUACCUGCGAGCCCGGCGCCCUCCAGGAAUGGAGUACUGCUACAACCCGGACCAGGUUCCCCUGGAGACCAUGUCCAUCAAAGACCUGGUGUCCUGUGCUUACCAAGUUGCUAGAGGCAUGGAGUAUUUAGCAUCCAAAAAGUGCAUCCACAGAGAUCUGGCAGCUCGCAACGUGUUGGUGACCGAGGACAACGUGAUGAAAAUCGCAGACUUCGGCCUCGCUAGAGAUAUCCACCAUAUUGAUUACUAUAAGAAGACCACCAAUGGUCGUUUACCAGUGAAGUGGAUGGCUCCUGAGGCCCUGUUUGACCGGAUAUACACACACCAAAGUGAUGUCUGGUCGUUUGGAGUUCUGCUGUGGGAGAUCUUCACCCUGGGAGGCUCUCCAUACCCUGGGGUUCCGGUGGAGGAGUUGUUCAAGCUGCUGAAGGAAGGUCACAGAAUGGACAAGCCUUCAACAUGCACUCAUGAGCUGUAUAUGAUGAUGAGGGACUGCUGGCAUGCUGUGCCGUCUCAGAGACCCACAUUCAAGCAGCUUGUGGAGGACCUGGAUAGAUGUCUGGCCAUGACGUCCAACCAGGAAUACUUGGAGCUCUCUGUGCCUAUGGACCAAUACUCCCCCAGCUACCCUGAAACCCGGAGCUCCACCUGCUCGUCUGGCGAGGACUCGGUUUUCUCCCACGACGCAGGAGCGGAGGAGCCCUGCCUUCCCAAGUUCCCCCCUCACUCUAACAGGGCAGCCAUUAAGAAACGUUGAGACCUCAUUUUCAUUUUCCCCACCUGCCUCAUGGGGUCGGACCCCCCCCCCCCCACACACAUUCCCAGAGAUGAAGCUAACAUGAAUAACUAUAAUCCUCUGUGAGAGGAGUUCUGAGACUUGUUGGACCGCUCGGACUGCGGCGUUGAUGAUGUUACGUGGGGCGCUCUGCCUCACCAGGAGCGGCGGUUUUCCUCAAAGCUUCAGUAAAUAAGCAGACUCACAUUUACCCUCUUCACUUUGGGCAUUCCACGGUUGGGUCAGGAGAACGGGGCGGAUGGAUAAACAUGUUUUUCUACCUUUUUUUUUUUCUUUUUUUUUUUUUACUUUAAUGGUCAUAAUUCUGCUUUUUGGACCAAAUCCAGGAACUGCAGCGCCCUCAUUCACCCUCUCCCUGUAAAUACGGUUAGAAAAUAAAAAAAUAUGAAUAUAUAUUUACAAUAUACUCUUAUUUUUAUUACCAUAA